CAAAUUCGACAUUACAUCUACAAUGCAAUGAAGCAUAUUGUUGAUCAACAUGAUACCCGUCAAUAUCGGAUAUCACAUAAUCUGGAAGUUAUCCUUUAUCUCUUUUGGUUAAUACGUGGAUUGUUCAUCAGUUUAAUGUAUUUGGAUUCGGAACAAUUUCCACUUUAUGAAUUUGAUUAUAUGUCGGAAUAUUUUUGGAAAAAUCGAAAAAUUUUCAAUAAAUUCUUCAUGAUCCUCAUUAUAUUGUUCACAUUGACCGGUUUGCUUGGCAUUAAAACAUUUUUCUAUUCACGUGUUGAUACACUUAGUUUUCAAGUUCUUUAUGAUUGUAUAGUAUAUAAUACGGACCAGUAUUACAAAAGUCUUGAUAAGGAUGAAAAUGUUGCAAACAAAUUGUCUACACGUUUUCAUCAAUAUCAACGGCAAUUUGUUCGUGAUCAUCGUUUAUUAUCGUUGAUGAUUCCAGAAUUUAUCAUGAAAAAAUUAAUAACAAUUCGUGUUUGGAUUGAUUCAUGGUUGGAAUUGGAUCGUAUUGAUAAGAAAUUGUUUAUAAAUAAGAAUAAAAUGCGUCUAUUUCCAAAUGCAAAUAUCAAAAGUCGUACAGAUGUUUUGUUAUUCGUAUUGAUUAUUGAUAUUUUUAAUUUUAUUGUUCAUAUUUUUACUGCAAUCGUUUAUAUAAUUUGCAAUUACUUGAUUAUUAUUGAUAUAAUUUCAUCUGAUUUGAUAAGAAAUUCGUGGAUUAUAAAAUUUCAGUUGUUUAUCGAAAUAAUUUUGUUCAUACCCACUUUACUUAUAUUACUUCAAUGUUCAAUGCUUCUGUCCUGUUCAAUAACGGCACCAUAUCAAGUAUUUCAUAAUAUAUUAAAUCAUUUGAAUCAAAAAUUUUCAUCAUUAUAUGAAAAUUUACGCCGUGGAAAACAAAUUGGUUUGAAAGAAUCGAAAGAACUACGAUUCAUUUAUCGACAACAUAAUAUACUAUGUUAUUAUACAGUAUUUGCCGAUACAGAUGCAUGGAGCCAGGCUCUAUACUAUUAUGCAUUGGUUAGCAUACCAAUCAAUGUAACAUUUAUGUGUGAAUUGAUUUUUGAAGAUUUAACAGCAGAAACACGAUUUUUUAUAUUUAUGAUGUUUAUGCACGCUUUUACUGGUCUUAUUCCAUUCAUAGUAUUGGCUAAUGUAUCGAAAGAUUAUCAUGCAAUUAGAAAAAAUAUACCAGCAAUGCAAUUACAAUUGAAACGUCGUAAAGAUUUACGAUUAAAACUUAAAUUUGAUGAUCUCUAUGAAAGACUUGUUGAUGGCAAAAAAAUUGCUUAUACGUUUGGUUAUCUAGGCGUGCUGACAUAUCGUGGUUUAUUAGAAGCAUUUCUUGGCUAUAUUGCAGCUUUCUUUUUAAUCAUGGGAUUCUAUACGAGCAUUUGAUUGUAAUGACAUUUAUUAUUCACCAUAUCACUGACUCCAUAUCUCUUACUCUCCCUCCCUCUUUCUGUGUGUGUGUGUGUGUGUUUUAC